CCUGAUGCACCACGCCUCCCGGCUCCCAAGCUGGCUGUCCCCUCCCGCAACGGUAGCAUUCGAAUCCUCCUCCGGUUCGUCCCCAAAUCGCCACCCAGGCGCACCCAAUGCUGGCAGCCUCCCUUCUCGCCCUCCGCCUCCUCCUCCUCGUCGGCACCGCCGCGGCGGGGGCGGUAGGGAUGAGUGGUGGGGGCCAGCUGUGGUGCGUUGCCAAGAACAACGCGGAGGACGGCGCGCUGCAGAGCGCCAUCGAUUGGGCGUGCAGUGUUGACGGCGGCCGCGCCGACUGCGCGGCAAUCCAGCAGGGUGGCGCCUGUUUCGAUCCGCCCGACCUCCAGCAGCACGCCUCCUACGCCUUCAACGACUACUUCCUCCGCUCCGGCGGCGCCGCGAGCCCCGCCGCCUGCGACUUCUCCGGCGCCGCCGCACUCACCGCGCUCAACCCCAGUCAUGGGAGCUGCGUGUUUCCUUCCAGUGCAUCUCCAAAAAAUGGUAGCUUCACAGGAACGACAACCUAUGGUCCAACUGGUGCAGAUUUCAGCAACAGUUUCUCAUGGAAACUCAACUUCUGGUCAUUGCUCUUGCAUAUAUCUUCAUCUGUAAUGUUUUGUGCUGCCACACAUGUGUUAUAGAUUUUCUUAAACUGUGUUCUGUCUGCGAGUAUGAUAAACUAUCAGGCUGCCAGAACGUGGUUUAUUCUCUAGUUUCCCCUUGAGUUUGCUGCAUUGUUUGGGGAGGCUGUGGAGACAGAAAAUAUUCCAAUCUCUGCUGCUCCCUCUUUUACCCCCUGUUAUUUUAAAUGAGCAUGUAAAGAAGAGUUUUGUUUGGUCAUGUGCUUUCAUCCUUCUGCUAACUGUAAAUCUUAUCAUAGUAUGGUUAGUAAGUCCA